AUGGUCCUCGCUUUCUUCGGGACCUUGAUGUCCUCCUUAGUUGUGGGAGUGAUGUUGGCUGCAGCAUCGGGCGUGCUGGCCUUCUACCCAGACGAUUCUGGGAGCUCCUCGCGAAUCUCCCUUCCGGAGGCGUUGACCUUUGGCGCGCUAAUCUCUGCGACGGAUCCCGUCACCACCUUGGCAAUCUUCGAGCAGCUGCAUGUGGACCCCCACCUCUUCAACGUCAUUUUUGGUGAGAGCGUGUUGAAUGAUGCCGUCUCCAUCGUUCUCUUCAAGUCGUUUUCCAAAGCGAUUGGGCAAGAGGAGAAGAAUGUGGCAGCGAGCAUCUUAGGCAUGGCUUGUGACUUCGUUAUCACCUUCAUCGGCUCUGCGGUCAUCGGUGCUGGUUUGGGCUGCUUUUCCGCGCUGCUGUUUAAGCAUGCAGGCUUGUCAAGCCACACCGAGCUACAUGGCCCAAAGUUGGAGCUGUCCAUUUUUCUUGUCUUUUGCUAUGCCCCUUUCCUCCUUGCGGACGGCCUCCGCCUCAGUGGCAUUGUCGCCAUCCUCUUCACCGGCCUUACCAUGAAGAGGUACACCUACUUCAACCUCUCCGAGCCUGCGCGCGAGACGGUGGCCACAGUGGUGUCGCUGAUGGCCAGCUGCGCGGAGACUCUCAUCUUCAUCGACCUGGGGACCUCUGCAUGGGGGAAUCUCCUGGUCGAUGUCACGCUCUUGAGCUGGGUGCUCGUCGCCUGCCUCGUUGCACGUGCGGCGAACGUCUACGUGUCAGGCUGGCUUCUGAAUGCACGUGAGCCGAGCUACCCGCGCCGGCGCUUCGAAGCCAAUGACAUGCACAUGGUGUGGUUUGCUGGGCUGAGGGGAGCCAUCGCCUUCGCCUUGUCUACCCAGUUUCCCGGACCCCACCGGCAUUGCUUCAUGGCCCUGGCUAUGUGGGUCGUUCUCACCUCGGUCUGGUUGCUGGGGGGCGCCACGGCACCCGUUCUUGGGGCCCUCCGCAUCCGUCGGUGCCACGGCGAUCAGCUCAAGCAGCUGGCGCUGACGCUGGAGCCGGCCGUGAAGCGCUUGGCGUUUGUGCAGCUUGAUAGGCAGUACAUCUCGCCCAUGCUGCUGCGGAACGCGCGCAGCGAGUUUUCUCCUGUGGCCGGGCGCGCCGAGCCAGAUCCCGCUGAGAUGGCUAUGGCUGAGAUGUCGGAGCGAGGGGAGGAUGCGAGAAGUCCGGUGAUCCGGGAGCCUCCUCUGCCUGGCGUUGAAGGUGCCCAAGUUGCUCCGGCCCCAUCGCCGAAGCACUCUUCACCGCUUCUGACAGCACCGGCUGAGGACGCGGAAUAA